AUGGACACUGAUGCUUGUGAUUCGUUUGAUGCUUUGACAACGGAAUUUUUGAAUACACUGACAGCAUCCGGUCUUCCACAUCACAGCAUUAGACUAAAAGUGGGGACCCGUAUAAUGCUUUUGAGAAACAUCGAUCAAUCCGAAGGGUUAUGCAAUGGUACAAGACUCAUUGUUACAAGAUUGGCCGACCAUGUUAUAGAGGCAAGGAUUAUCUCCGGUAAAAAUAUCGGAACUUCAUUUUACAUUCCAAGAAUGGAUAUCUCUCCAACGCAAUCACCCUGUCCUUUUAAAUUAACAAGAAGGCAAUUUCCAAUCACUGUGUCCUAUGCAAUGACGAUUAACAAGUCGAAAGGUCAAUCGUUAGACUAUGUUGGGUUGUAUUUGCCAAGGAAUGUUUUCAGCCAUGAUCAAUUGUAUGUUGCAAUAUCAAGAGUGAAAAGCAAAAACGGUCUCAAGAUACUAAUCUACGACAAAGACAAUGAAGCGGCACACACUACCACCAACGUGGUAUUCAAAGAAGUCUUUGAAAAUGUGUAA